UUUGCCCUUGCCUGCACAAGGGGGGCUCGUGGCCUUUUUUUCCCAGGGAGCCCGACGCACAUCUCGCUCACGAGAAAGGAGCGGGCGGCGACCAGCGCUUCUCGCCGGCGCGCCCCCCGCGCUACAUGUAGGCGACGAGUGCCUCCUCCUCUCAUUCACAUGCUGAAAAAUCGAGCUUGAAUUGAGGCAUAUGGAUCCUGACGAGGUUCCGGAAGGGAUUAAUCCAAAGAGUGCGUGUUGAGUAGAGGUCACGGUCAAUUCUUACUUCACUAUGCAAGAUGGUAGAAAGGAGUACAAUCGUGGUAGGCUAGUGAGCUAUGUUGUUGAUUCAGAAGCAUACUCAAUCAUUGACUUGGAGACAGAUAUUGGUUCAGAAUUUAAAUGGGGCAGUGACCAGAAGGCAAAUUUUUGGGUUCUAACAGGGGGGAAUGUGACAUGCAAGUUGAAUUCAGAUGCACAACUUCUUGAUUUGUUAAGGGCAUAUAGCGUAGUCAAGUUGUUCAUGGUUGUGGGCAGACAUGAGCACAACAGAAGGGAGGAGGAGAUGCCUACUGCAGUGAACAUAGGAGAGGAGGAGAUGCCUACUGCAGUGAACAUAGGAGGGGAGAUGAUCCCAGGUGCAAUGGACACUGAUCUGGAGUUGCUAGAUGGAGGAUUUACAUGGGCAGAAGUUCCUGAAUAUGGGGAAUCAACUGCAGGGCCACCAACGAAUGAAGAGGAAGAGAAGAAGCACUUCAUCAAUGUUGGAUGUGAUCCUAAUGGAGAUGAACCAGCUGGGGUAGAUGAAGAGUGGAGGUACUUCAAAAAUGUUGAUCAUCCAGUUAUUGAUCUAGAUAAAAAAGUUGAGGUGCAGAAAAGAAAGAGGGCAAGACCUAUUUCAGAAACCGAAGACUUUGAUACUGAGGUUGUUCCUGAUGAUGAGGCUACUAUGCUUGAUAAUUUUGUCGUGCCUCACACAUCUCAUGAUAAAGAGAAUCCAAUCAUCAAGGUAGGAGAUACAUUUGCAGACAAGAUUGCUUUUCGUCACACCAUAAAACAAUAUGCCAUCAAAAAUGAGUUUGAGACUAGGAUUGAACAUAGUGACAAAGAAAGGUAUACGGCAAGGUGUCCAGAUGAAAAUUGUGAUUGGAGAGUUUUCGCAAAGAAAUUACAUGGUGGCAAUACAUUCAUGGUGGUCAAACUCUCGGAAUUGGAUGUGCACAGUUGUUCUAGUACAAACAAGAUGAAGGGACGAGAGGCUUUCAUAUCUUGGAUAGCUCAAAAAGUGAAAGAAGUUGUAAAAGAGGCGCUGGGAUUCUCCCUGGACUAACAAUUCACACUGAUGCUUGUAAGGGAUUGGCAUACGCUGUAAAAAAGGUAUUCCAAGGUGAUGUGGAGCACCGUGAGUGUUUUAGGCACCUCAUGGCUAAUUUCAGAAAACAAUUCAAGGGUGAUGUGCUUAAGUAUAUGUGGCCUUGUGCAUGGGCAUGUACAGAUCGUAGAUAUGAUGCACUAAUGGAGAAAAUUGCAGCAGCUAGUCCUAAAGCAGUUACCUUUUUAAAUAGGCAUCACAAGCUGAAAUGGAGCAGAUCCAAAUUCUCAAAAGAGUGUAAGGUUGAUUAUGUGAACAACAACAUCUCAGAAUGCUUUAACAAUUGGAUAAAAGAUUACAAAAACCUUCCAGUUGCUGAUCUAAUGGAUAAGAUUAGGGAGAAGAUCAUGGAGAAGAUUUACACAAGGCAAGAGAUAGCUGAUAGAAUGGAAGGACGUAUCUUGGCAAGUGUGUUACAUGAGUUGAACAUGAAGAGUCGAGGGCUGCACUAUGAAAUCCUGAGGACUAGUGCAAUGUCUGCUGAGAUAUCAGGAAUAACAAAACAACAACAACAACAACAACAUAGCCUUUUUUCCCAAGCAAGUUGGGGUAGGCUAGAGAUGAAACCCGAAAGAAAUAAGUUCAAGGUUCAGGCACAUUAAUAGCUAGUCUCAUCAGGAAUAACAAAAGAAGGGAAGAAUUGGAGAGUUCCUGUAGACAUUGAGAAAAAAAACUUGUGGAUGUGGGCAAUGGCAAAUUUCUGGAAAACCCUGCACUCAUGCAAUAGCUCUAUUUGGGAAAAUUAGAAAUAUUAACAUUGAGAACUUUAUAGAUGACUACUAUUCCGUAGAGAGGUUCAAAACAGCUUAUCGGUUUGUGGUUACUCCAAUGGGUGACAAGACUGAUUGGCCAAAAUUUGAUCCUGGGUUUAAAAUGGUUCCUCCAAAACUAGAAAGGCCUGCUGGCAGACCAAGGAAGAAAAGAAUUAAGGCUAGUGGAGAGGCAGGAAAAAGAGGGCCCUAUCAAUGCAAAAGGUGCUUUCAGUUUGGACAUAUAGAGAAGGGUUGUACUGCUACUCAAGCUGAAUUAGAACAAGAACUUCCCCCACCGCGUCCAAAAAAAUCAAAAGGGCAAAGGAAAUCUAAAUCUGAAGUUGUUGAAGUCUCCAUGAUUGAUGCUGAACCAUCUCCAAAUGUUGCUGAUCCAAAAGUGGCUUGUAGUCCAGGAGUAACAACAAGAAGCAUGUCUUCUCUUUCACCAACUAGCCCAGGUCCUACAACAAGGAGGAUGGCAUCCAUCUCACCUGGAGGAAUUAACAGGAGGCUCAUUAUUAGCUAGAAAUAUUAGUUGUCUUACUCUAAUUUGAGUGUGAACAUAGCUGUGCAAGUGUGGUCUUUUGUGCAACUCUAUGUAUGUAUAUAUAGCACUGCUAUGCAACACUUUUGUGAGAUUGUGGUACUUUUGUCGUUAACUUGAAGGAAUUAGCUGGCUAAUGCAAUUUAGUAUUGAAAUGACAUCAAACUUGAUUAUAUACUGUUCAAAAUGUGUGUGUUA